AUGUCGACAAACAAGAUCCUGCCAAAGGGAGUGAAGAAACAGCUCCAAAGACUAAACACUCUCACAACAGGUCCUGGUGCUUUGACUCUGCCCAAGUCACUCACCCGCGUCGACCUUAUGUUCCAAAAGUCCGUUAAAGAGCAGGGCAUUGGGGCCAAGCAGUUCUGGCGCCAGUACUUGCCGCCCAUCCAGUUCUACAAUCCGGACGUUGUGAUUUCAGUACGGCGGUUUGAAGACGCCUCCCAGCGUCCUCUGCUCACUCUGGAGUACGCUGAAGGUAACAAAAAGGAGAUCCCGAUCGCUACAAAGUCUGCCGAGGAGGUGCUUGAGAUUCUAGUGAAAGAGGGCGCCGAGAAGGUCGCCAAACCCGUAGAACUUGGUGUUGCCGAGUAUUAA